AUGCGGCCCCCGAGAAUAGCCAUUCUCGUCCUCUUCCUCGCCGCCUCCCUCUUCCUCUUCUGCCGCUCCGUCAUCUCUCUACGCGAUGCCAAUCAGUCUGCCGCCGCACCCCUGAGCCCCCACAGGACCGCAACGCCAUUCCGGUCCUUCCUCUCUUUUACCGCGCCUUUCACGCUCUUCCCGCCAAAUGCCGCCAUCUCCCUCACCGACGAUAACAGCACCUUCUUCCCUGCACGACCCGCCGCCUUCGGCCCCCCGCUCCCCGCCAAGGGCUUGAGCGGCCAGCUAUGGAUUGGGAGCGGUUUCGCUGACGAGAACCUCCCCGACGGCGAAGGGGAAGGCGAAUUGGGAUGUAGUGACUUGCCAGGCUAUGGAGACGGGACAGCCAUCAUAGGCCUGAAGAGCACAACCCUCGGCAUGAGUGGGAAGGCCAAAGUUGGAGGUGCUGCCGGAAAGGACGAGAAAUCCAAGAGGUCGAACCUGCCCAAGGGUCCUGCUGUUGACCCGGCAGCAGCCAUCGAUAUAAAAGAAAAGGAUAAGACCGGCCCUGUCGACGAUGGUACCGACGACUACCUACACCAGUCGCUUGCAUCCAAAGCUCCCGGCUACGAGAUGACCACGGUGACGUCAAGCCAUGCAGACAUACAGUCAAUUCAAGAGACGGCAGAGAUCACGGGCAAGGUGGUUCUGCUAAGCCGCGGAGGAUGUGGUUUCUUGGAAAAGGUCAAGUGGGCCCAGCGGCGAGGCGCUGUCGGCGUCAUUGUCGGUGACAACCAGAAAGGCAGCCCGCUCAUCCAAAUGUUUGCACGAGGCGACACCUCCAACGUCUCCAUCCCCGCCAUCUUCACCUCUCGAACGACAGCCCACCUUCUUUCGUCUCUCAUGCAGCCUGGGAGCUUCAUCGAGGACAUCUUUGAUGAGAACGGCAACCCGACGCUCAAGGUGCAGCAGUCGGACAGGUUGCGGAAGAACAAGGCUAAGACCCAGACUACCACUGCUCAAGAAGCAGCAAAGCCCGUGGUUGACUCCAAGACUGCAAAAUCCAGGGUGACGAGGAAAGAGUCGGCGGUUGCUACAGACGAUUCUCUCCCCAAACCACCGCAGUCGAGGAGCUGGAUGGCACGCUGGUUCGGCGAUGACAGCGCGGCCAAGGCGGCAGCCGAGCAUAGUCGGCCACCGAGUAGCGGUCAACACGACUGGGUCCUCGUCGAUGACUGGAAUGAUGAGAAGGACAAGGUGAUUCGCAGCAGCCUGGAGAAGGCUUCGAAGAAGGACAGAGCUGCUACCCCUUCGGCCCAGAAGAGCUCAGGAGAUGGUUUCCAGAUCGGCGUGCAAGACUGGCGUGAUCCUGACUUGGUGGAUGUUACUGGAACAGGGGCAGACAAAAAUACUGCAAGAGGCAAGGAUGGGAACAUCAAUGGCAAAGAUGUGAGCGGAGACUCGCAAGCGUCAAGGGGCUCCGGAAAGGCGUCAGGCAAAAAGUCUGCGACGCCCAAGGACGCGAACGGACCAAAGGGAGGCAGUAUCACACCUGGAAGUGGCCAGUAUCCUCCCACAUCCUCGUCCAAAGACAAGCAAACUCAAUCAUCCAGGUCGGGGAAACACCAAGGCAGCUCAUCAGGUCUGAUGUCAAAGCUCUUCGGCGACGAUGACGGAGCGGACUUCUCUCCAUCAAAUCCUGUACCGAAGCCGAUUAACACCCCUCUGACCAAAGAGCCCCAGCCCAAGGAAACUAUCCAUGAGGGCCUGUGGGUAACCAUCACGCCCACCGGCAGCACCGCGCCUUUCUUCGACACCCUUCUAGUCUUGGUCGUCAGCCCACUGAUCACGUUGACGGUUGUUUACGCGCUCCUCAUCCUACGGGCUAAGAUACGGCGGCGGAGGUGGCGUGCCCCCAAGUCUGUGGUUGAGCGCCUGCCUUCAUCACGUUCACCGUCACGGGCGUCACCGCCCCAUGAGAAGGAGAGCCAAUGGAAGAAGUACAUGGGUCGACAAGUUGAAUGCGUAGUCUGCUUGGAAGAAUAUGUCGAUGGCGUGAGUCGUGUCAUGAGCUUGCCUUGCGGCCAUGAGUUCCACGCCGAGUGCAUUACUCCGUGGUUGACAACCCGACGGCGCACGUGCCCCAUCUGCAAGGGCGACGUUGUCCGAUCUCUUGCACGCGGCUCGCCAUCCAGCCCCAGAUACGAAGCUUACCAUGACGACAGCGACGAAGAGGAUGAAGCUGAACCAGAAGCCUCGGGCUCAGGACGGAGGUCACCGGCUGCCCAGGAUGCGGAUGUUGAGGAGGGCAUCCUAUCACCUACACCGCGCCGCACGUCCCGUAGGACUGGAAGAGCAGAUGGCUGGCUUAGCUUGCUAUCGAGCAGCUUCGGCACAAAUGCGUCGGCAUCAUCGUCGCGGUCGAGGAUUCCAGACGAGGACCGUGACCGAUGA